CUGUGCUCUCGAGUUUGAGAGAUACUUUAAUCGGGGAGAAGCAAGAACAGGGGGAAAGAGUGGAAAUAAACAAAAGAUUUUAGAAAUAAACAAGAGAGAUAAAACUCAGAUCUCACUCUCCACAGUUCAACGCCCCAGGUUCCCUCUCAAUCCAAUCCCCCUUGCUGCUCCCAGCCCAUUCAUCCCUGCGGUUAUCUUCUUCCGCGGUUGUAUCCUCCAAUCUCUUCUCCACAGAGAGGAUUAUUUUUGGCUUCCAAAUCUCGCAAGGAGAAGGGUUAGAAGAAAAGCAAGGUGCUUUGCGCCGCAAGAAUCGCCAUUGCCCGCCAUAUCUUCUGAGAUCUCAACUCAACCCCCCUGACAAUAGGUAGAUACCCAGAUUUCUCCUCCCCUUUCUGCAGCGAUUUUGCUCUUGGAGCUGUAGAUUGGGUACGUGUUCCCUUCCAUUCGUGUCCGAAUUAGACAUUGGGAUCCUGUUCCUCCCUUCGUAUUCUCUUUUGCCAAGAAUUUUCCAUAUUGUUCGUGGCUCUCUGAUCCAUCUUUGAUGCGCCAAGAGGCGAGAUGAACACGAAUUACUCGGCGCUCCCAUUGACCUCCCCUUCCAUCGAGCUCCAAUCCAACGGGACCAAAUCCAGCGCCGCCACCAAUGGCGUCGUCCUCAACGGCCACGCCAAGAUCUCCAAGCAAGAUUCGUUCUUGGGCGAGCUCGAGGACGGCGGCGGUGGCGGGGAGCACGACGAACUCCCGCUCAUCGGCGACGGCCCCGCCGGGCCGCCGGAGGGGUCAAGCGUACCCGCUGCGGUGUUCAACCUCGCUACCUCCAUCAUCGGGGCCGGCAUUAUGGCGCUCCCCGCCACCAUGAAGGUGCUCGGCGUUGCCGUCGGGCUUGUCGCGAUCCUCGUCAUGGGGGUCCUCUCCGAGAUCACCGUCGAGCUGCUAGUGAGGUUCUCGGCACACUGCCGAGCCCUUUCAUACGGCGAGGUAGUGCACCGGGCACUGGGCCGGCCGGCGAGCAUCGUGGCGCAGAUGUGUGUCAUCAUCAACAAUGCUGGAGUCCUAGUGGUGUACCUAAUCAUCAUCGGAGAUGUGAUGUCCGGGUCGCUGAAGCACAUUGGCGUCAUGGAUCAGUUGAUUGGCCAUGGGGAGUGGGAUAACCGGAAGCUGCUGAUCUUGGUGGUUCUUGUGAUCUUCCUUGCGCCAUUGUGUGCACUUGAAAAGAUUGACUCACUGAGCUUGUCAUCUGCCGCAUCGGUUGCCCUUGCUGUUGUGUUUGUGGUUGUCUCCUGCAUCAUUGCCUUGAUCAAGAUUGCCGAGGGCAAGAUCAGCAUGCCGAGGAUGGGGCCAGAUUUCAGCUCAAGAGCGGCGAUGCUAGACCUGCUUGUCGUGAUACCUAUCAUGACGAAUGCCUACAUCUGCCAUUUCAAUGUCCAGCCAAUCUACAAUGAACUCAAGGAGAAGACACCCCAGAAUAUGUACAAGGUUGGGAGGAUCAGCACAGUGCUAUGCGUUGUGGUAUAUGCCCUGACUGCUCUCUCUGGCUACCUCUUGUUCGGCGACGAUACGGAGUCCGACGUUCUCACCAACUUCGACAAGGAUCUCGGGAUCAGAUUCAGCUCAGUCCUCAACUACAUCGUCAGGAUUGGUUAUGUCAUCCACCUGGUCCUUGUGUUCCCUGUUGUCCACUUCUCACUAAGACAGACUGUGGACUCGCUGAUAUUUGGGGAGCUGGCUACCCCUAGCAGGAAGAAGACACUCACAUUGACAGUUCUUCUACUGGCGCUCAUCUACCUUGGCUCAACGAUGAUACCCAACAUCUGGAUGGCCUUCAAGUUCACCGGUGCAACAACUGGGCUGGCAUUGGGGUUCAUGUUCCCGGCCCUGGUGGCAUUAAGGCUGGACAAGGAAGGGAACCGCUUGGGGCAUGGAGAGAGGCUCCUGUCACUUGGGUUGCUGGGGCUGUCCAUAGUCGUUAGCGUCAUCGGAGUUGUCGGAAAUGUAUACACCCUGAAGAGUAAGUCUGAGUGAUCUCACGAAGAUGAACAAAUUGGUAGCUAGGUUAGAUGAAUCUGUACACCAUGACAUGGUGUCUUACAACAAGAGACGGAGAUUGUGUAAGCAUGGUCAUUAUACAGUAGUCAGCUAUGAUACUAUUCGAGAGAACCACAGGAUCUCAGAUACAGUCUCUUUACCUUCUGAGGUGCAUCAUGGAACAGUUCUUAAGAGAAUUCUUUUUUGUACUUUAUACCAGAUUUUUUUAUGUAACAAUUUACGAGGGUCCUGGAGUUAUUUUUUUUGAUAAAGGCAACACAAGAAUCCAGUUCACUUGUACCUUGAGCAUCUCUACGAGAUGAAUGUUAGCACUGUUUGGAACAUACGAUUCCUACAGAAUUUUCAUAUGGGAACUCAUAUCCACAAUGACACAAGAUGUUUUCUGUCC